AUGACUCCAGCAUCUACUGAAACCAGCGUUACGUCCAAUUGGGACCCCCGAAAACAGGUUCCUCAGAAGAUCCUCGAUCUACUCACACCUGCCAAAAUUAAUGACGGUCAUAACUACAACUACAUCAGUGCAUUUUAUCAGAUCGUGUCUCUUUUAAAGGAGCAAAAGAGAACAGGAUGGAUCGAUAAGAACAAAAUAACCAAUCCGGAAUCUAUUGCUGAUCAUAUGUAUAGAAUGUCUAUCAUUGCCAUGUCGCUAGAUAAAUUUGCGUUUACUAAGGAGAGUAAUGGUAAGACUACACCAGAUCUCUCUCAAUGUGUCAAGAUCGCGUUGAUUCACGACAUCGCUGAAAGUUUAGUUGGUGAUAUUGUUCCUCAAGAUCCUAAUGUGAAGAAGGCCGAGAAGCAUUCUAGGGAAUAUAAGACGAUUCAGUUCCUAAGUGAAGUCAUUAAGCCUUAUAACGAGAACUUUUCUAAAGAGAUCGUCGAUUUGUGGCUCGACUAUGAAUACCAAAGAAAUUUAGAGGGUACCAUAGUCAAGGAUAUCGACAAGUAUGAGCUUCUAGUCCAAACCUUUGAAUAUGAAAGACUUCACGGUAUUAGAAUGGAUGAAUUUUAUAAUUGUAAGAGUUUGAUUAAGCACGAGGAGAUGAAGAGGUUGACAGACGAGUUGAUGAGACAGAGAAAGGAGUUUCUAGAUCAGCAUAAAUAG